GAGAAGCCCCAGUCCACAGCGAUGUGCGGAGACUUGGGUCUCCUGCGGAUGAGCGCCGGUGGCCAUGCUCACCCCACCACCUUUCCCCAUCCAGGUGGGUCUUCCUCUAUGAGAAGGGCUACCAAUCUCAGGACAGCAUCGUUAGCUCGGUCUCGGUGAAGCUGAAAGGCCUGACGCUGACCAACGAGAGCAUCAUAGGCCCUCACAUCUGGGACGUGGUGGAUUAUGUUUUCCCACCCCAGGGGGACAACUCGUUCGUGGUGAUGACCAACUUCAUUGUCACCCCUGGACAGAAACAAGGAACCUGCCCGGAGCUGCCGGACGCCGGGCUCUGCUCACGGGACAGCGACUGCAGCAAAGGGAAAUACAGCCGCCAGGGACAAGGGCUCAUGACGGGCAAGUGUGUGCAUUUCAACAGCUCUGUGAAAACCUGUGAGAUCUUUGGCUGGUGCCCCGUUGAAGUUGAUGACCAUGUUCCCAGCCCUGCGCUGUUGUCAGAAGCAGAGAAGUUCACCUUGUUCAUCAAGAACAGCAUCACCUUCCCCAGGUUCAAGGUGUCCAGGCGAAACUUGGUUGAGGGUAUUACCAAACAGUACCUGAAGAAAUGCACUUAUCACAAAGUCUCCGAUUCCUUAUGCCCCGUGUUUGACCUGGGAUACAUUGUGAAGGAAUCGGGUCAGAAUUUUACCUUCCUGGCUAUUAAGGGUGGAGUGGUGGGCAUCACCAUAGACUGGAACUGUGACCUCGACUGGCCCGUCCGGUACUGCAAACCCAUUUACCAGUUCCACGGCCUUUACAACGAUGACAGUAAUGUUUCACCAGGCUUCAACUUCAGAUAUGCCAAAUACUACAAAGAAGACGGGACGGACAAGAGGACGCUCUACAAGGUGUUUGGGAUCCGGUUCGACAUAUUGGUGAAUGGCAAGGCAGGCAAAUUUGACAUCAUCCCAACCAUGACCACAAUCGGCUCUGGAAUUGGUAUUUUUGGAGUGGCCUCUGUCCUCUGCGACCUGCUCCUGCUGCAUUUUCUCCAAGGACGGGACUAUUACAAGCAGAAGAAAUUCAAAUAUGCAGAACAGGAGCCUUCGAAGUCGCAUAAGAAGCAAAAGGAGCUGGACAACACGCAGUGCGAG